AACGUCUCUCUAUAUGAACAGCUUGUGUGUAUCAAACACUCAUUCGUCUUGUCUCCCUGGACUCGUAAUCGUCUCAGAGAGUGCAGCGUCAUAAAAUUCUAAAUCAUCAUGAGGGAAUGCGUCUCCAUCCAUGUUGGUCAAGCCGGUGUCCAGAUGGGCAAUGCCUGCUGGGAGUUGUACUGUUUGGAGCACGGUAUCCAGCCUGAUGGUCAGAUGCCCUCUGACAAGACCAUCGGGGGUGGUGACGAUUCCUUCAACACCUUCUUCAGCGAGACUGGAGCAGGGAAACAUGUCCCCAGGGCUGUCUUCGUUGAUCUCGAGCCAACUGUUAUUGAUGAGGUCCGUACCGGAACCUAUCGUCAGCUGUUCCAUCCAGAACAGCUGAUUACUGGGAAGGAGGACGCCGCCAACAACUACGCCCGUGGUCACUACACCAUCGGCAAGGAGAUUGUCGACCUCGUCCUUGACCGCCUCAGGAAACUGGCUGACCAAUGCACUGGACUCCAGGGCUUCCUCAUCUUCCACAGCUUCGGUGGUGGCACUGGCUCAGGUUUCACCUCUCUGUUGAUGGAGCGUCUGAGUGUUGACUACGGAAAGAAGUCCAAGCUGGAGUUCGCCAUCUACCCUGCUCCUCAGAUCUCCACUGCUGUGGUCGAGCCUUACAACUCCAUCCUGACCACCCAUACCACUCUGGAGCACUCGGACUGCGCCUUCAUGGUCGACAACGAGGCCAUCUACGACAUCUGCCGUCGUAACCUCGACAUCGAGCGUCCAACUUACACCAACUUGAACCGUCUGAUUGGUCAGAUCGUCAGCUCCAUCACUGCGUCUCUCCGUUUUGACGGUGCCCUGAACGUGGAUAUAACAGAGUUCCAGACCAACUUGGUGCCCUACCCACGUAUCCACUUCCCUCUGGCUACCUACGCCCCUGUCAUCUCUGCAGAGAAGGCCUACCAUGAGCAACUGUCAGUUGCUGAAAUCACCAACGCCACUUUCGAGCCCGCCAACCAGAUGGUCAAGUGUGAUCCCCGUCACGGCAAGUACAUGGCAUGCUGCAUGCUGUACCGUGGUGACGUCGUCCCUAAGGAUGUCAACGCUGCCAUCUGUACCAUCAAAACCAAGAGAACCAUCCAGUUUGUGGACUGGUGUCCCACUGGUUUCAAGGUCGGAAUCAACUACCAGCCACCGACUGUUGUUCCCGGUGGUGACUUGGCCAAGGUCCAGAGAGCUGUGUGCAUGUUGAGCAACACAACUGCCAUCGCUGAGGCAUGGGCUCGUCUUGACCACAAGUUCGAUCUGAUGUACGCCAAGCGUGCCUUCGUCCACUGGUACGUUGGUGAGGGUAUGGAGGAGGGCGAGUUCUCCGAGGCCCGUGAGGACUUGGCAGCUCUGGAGAAGGACUACGAGGAGGUCGGUGUUGACUCCGUCGAUGGAGAAGGCGAGCAAGAGGGCGAGGAAUAUUGAAAGUGAAAUGACUUUCUUAUAAAUAACUUAUUUGGUGACAUUUUUGGAAGAGGGAAAUCAUAACCAUUAAAGUAAAAGAAAUGUCAAUGUGACAAUACUCAUCCAUGUUAAAAUAAAUGAAUAAAUGUAAUAAACGUUUUAAGUUGCCUUCAA